CGGGUGGUAUGAGUCUUGUUCUAUCUUGAACUACUAACCAAGCCUUAAAGAGAUCAAAAUUAAAUCCCAUUCUAAGAAAAGUAUAAACGAUGACGUUAUUUGAAUAUGUGCCCAAAAUCCUUAAUGAAUAACUUAGGAUGAGGAGAAGGCAAAUGCUGCCCCAGCUGUUUCCUGUUGAAAAUGUCUGUGUAAUGUAGAUACAUGUGAGGGAUUUUCUCUCUAAAUCCGUCUCCUGUUCGCUAAAUCUCACUUCUCCAAUACGAGCCUGCGCAAUGGAACAAAGUCGGAAUAUUGAGAUGUGACAUUGCCUGCAUCUUAUCCACUUUCUCACUGUUUUUAAUGACUUCAAACAAGUUCAUUUUUGCUGGGCUUUGUCGUGCGGAGACCCGUGGGGAUGUCUAGCGGUCAUUUCUUCCAGUGGCAUUUAUGUGAUGUCUUCAAGAGUGCGAUGUGCUGUGUCUCCUGUACCCACACCCUCUCACUGCUGCUGUGCGUCCUAACCCUGACUUCGGCGGCAACAGGGGCGGGGCCCGAGACCCUUUGUGGGGCGGAGCUGGUGGACACGCUGCAGUUUGUGUGUGGAGAGAGAGGAUUUUAUUUCAGUAAACCAACGGGCUAUGGCCCCAGUUCACGGCGGUCACAUAACCGUGGUAUUGUGGACGAGUGCUGCUUCCAGAGUUGCGAGCUGAGGCGGCUCGAAAUGUACUGUGCCCCUGUCAAGUCUGGCAAGGCAGCUCGCUCUGUGCGCGCACAGCGCCACACAGACAUGCCAAGAACACCUAAGGUUAGUACUGCAGUGCAAAACGUGGACAGAGGCACAGAGCGUAGGACAGCACAGCACCCAGACAAGACAAAAACCAAGAAGAAACCUUUAUCUGGGCAUAGUCACACAUCUUGCAAGGAGGUACAUCAGAAGAACUCAAGUCGAGGAAACACAGGGGGAAGAAACUACCGAAUGUAGAAGACAGAAUCUAACGGACAGGCGGACACGGAUGAGAGAUGGGUGGGCCCAUACCUGGUGCCCCUGUGGAAUGGUUCACUGUAAAACAACAAAAGGUGGAUAAUGGUACAAUGCUAAUGGUAAUAAGCUUUGUGUGUAAUGUCUCUAGCUGAGAGGUGAAGUGCUGGGGUUAAAUGAGAGGUAUUUUUAUUAUUUUAUACACUGCACCAUUUCAUAUUGGAAGGAAUUAUAUUCCAUGUCAAACCAAUGUAACAGACUAGUUUAGCUGCUUACACAUCAAAGAGCUUCUUCUUCUUAUACCUCCAUGUGUGAGCUGAGCUAUAGUGUCCCUGGUGGCCUCUGAUAGGCUCUGUGCUACAUACAGCCAAUAGGAGGGCAGCCAGCAGUUUUAUCUGUCUGUCUAUGGGAGCCAACGGUCCAUCCUCUUUACCUGAACUCUGAAAGAGUUCAAGCUUUACACUGAGAGGUUGGGCCAUGCAAAGUAGUCGGGCUAUUGGAUAAGUAAUCUCCCCAUUCUCAUCUAACAACCACUGCUUUGAUAAUAUAUUAGAACCACAAGAGAAUGUUAUUUCAGCGUCAGUCAGUUCUGGCCAAAAGAUGAUUUCACAGUUGUCAUUAAGGCUAUUUAUUUACUAUUGUCUACUUCAACAGACAGUAAGCGUAUUACAUGCAACCAUACCAUAAGAACCUGGCUUUGAGGCAACGACAUGACCAGAGACCUAUUCUGAUGACACAAUCAUCUUGUACUGCUAAGCCAUUCUAGUGAAACUGACAGUAAUAUUACAUUCUGUACUGUAAACAGAAAGUUUUGAGGAGAUUCAAUGUAUAUUUAAUUUGUAAAGACUCACCGUAGAUUCUCUGGUCUAAUAUCUGGUCUGAUUAAAAAUGGAUUCUAAUGCAGAGGACAGGACAGAGGGGCGCUAAAAAUAGCCAGCUACAGGAAGACGAUUAAUGAUUGAUUUCACUGCAUUCUUUUAUUUUGUCGGCUUAGGGAGGGACCUUUGCUUCUUCUGUAUGAACAUGGACUGCAUGGAUUUUUCAUUAAAAAAGGCGAUAAAAUGAACUGCAACACAUACAGUUCAUUCAAGUGAAUGAUAUGCAACUCAAAUACUGUUAGAAACACAGCAACACACACCUACAAACAGGACUGCAGUUGAAAAAUGCUGUGCACACACACACACACACAGUCCGUUUUGUGGCUAAGCCACUCAGAGCUCUGCUACUGUGAGCAAGGUUCACACACUGGUUCCAUCAGACCACGUUCUGAGAAUUCCUGUGUUUGCGUCAGGAUUACAGAGAGUAAUGGCUGUUUGCACAAUCUGGAUGCCUGACAGUCUUACUGUACCAUUUCAGCAACCUGACAACCCAUCACAUCUCUUCCUCCUCUGUGAGUGUAUAAUCAACCAAUACUCCCAUUUAUGUUAUCCUAUGCAUUCUUCUACUAUUAUUGUACAUGAUGGUAUCAUAUAGCAAAACCGUAUUAAGAAAAUCCUAUCCACUGUAUAAUGGUGCUAUUUUGUAGUUUGUUACUUGCAACGGUGGGCUAAAACAGGAAGAGAAAGAGAGAUGGCAAAGCUUAUCGUUGGAGGUCGUCCCUUUUGCACAGCCUUGUGGCCACCAUUUUAUUAAUAGUGUUUUUAUUUGUAUGCGAUUUCAAUAAGGUAGUAGUAUAAGCGAGCAAAUGUCUUUGUGUGAAAUCUGUGAAUGCAUGAAAAAAAAAGUAUCAUAUUGUGGUCCCAAGAAGGCAAAACGCUAUUUUUUCUACUGUUUUUAAAUUAUUGUUACUCAAUAUAGAUCCCUAUGCCAAAUAACUUGACAAAAAGCACUGUGAACUGUGAUCCUUCAAUAAUAUUAAGGUGUUAAAAGUCAUAGUGCACUUUUGUUUGUCCUGAACUAAAUGUAUGUAAACGCACCACAUUGAUGAUCAGAAAGCCAAGGCAUUGAUGCUUACUAAUAUGUAUGAUUAAGGUUGAACGAUUUGUUUUGUAAAACCAUGUGCCCAUGUGUUAAAGAGCUUAAGUGACACAGCGAAUCAGAUCUGGUUCUCAGCUCCCCACAAAGUAAGACAUGUUUUAUUUAUUACAACCUUUUACAAUUUUGGGCUGUUGAUGCAUUCGGACAUCAAUAAAAAUGGGAUAGAAAUGAUCCAAAAAAAGUAUUAAAAUGAAGGUCUGACCUAAAGUAUUAAUGUGGUACUUAUAUCCUUACAUCUAUCAGCAACCCACAGCUGUAAUCAUCAACACAUACAAUACAAUGUAGUUGUUGUGUAGUGGUUAAGAUUAGGCCUCCAUCUUAUCCAUUCACAUAUAGCUACGGACGAUAUUGCCAGGUGAAUUGAAAGCCAGGAUGACCUCUAUGGCCGCAUCCCAUUUGACCCUCCGUGAGAUGCAUGUAUGUGGUUUUAAAAUCUAUUAUCAGCACGAUUGUCCUUCAUUGCCAUAUCACCAGACUGAUACCAAAGAUCUCAGCUAAAUUAAGACACAAUCUAAUUCAACUUGCAUUGUCAGCUUUGUAUUUAAUGAAAGACAGUUUAGGUAAACUGACAACUGUCAAUCAUAAGCUAUCACAUUUGAUCGAUGUCUCCAUCCAUCUGAUCAGCUAUGCUAAUGCUGCUUGAGUAAUACAAGUGUAGGUUUCAUUCAUCCCCUGAAGCAUACGCUGGUCAGACUGACCCCAGUUCAGUCCUACACUGUUAGGCUUCGGCUGUCCCCACAGGAGAACCCUUUUUGGUUCCAGGUAGUUUUUUUUGUGGAAACAAAAGGGUUCUACCUGGAACCAAAAAGGGUUCUUCAUUGGGUUAACCUAUGGAGACAGCCGGAGAACUCUUUUAGGUUCUAGAUAGCACCUUUUUUUUCUAAGAGUGUAGUUCUCCCUGAAACAAAGCUGAAGAUGGAAGUUUACCAUGUGGGACUUUGUGGGACUGUCAAUAUGCCGGCAUAAAGGAUAAUAAUGGUGGCCUCUUGAGGGGCAGCAACAGAGGAAAGCUAUGAGCAUGAUAGAAUCUAGAUAUUUAAUCCAGUUAUCUGACUCCCAAAACACUAUUUUGACUGAUUCUUUGUCACCAUUUAUCUCACAAUUAGCAGAUACAAUGUCACAAACAGGAAUGAAAACUGUAUUUUGAAUUACAUAUAGGAACUUGAAUCUAUCAAGCGCUCUGGAAUAGGAAAACAUUUGAAUUGAAUGCCAUGGGAUUCCAAAGCUCACCAUCAUCUAAGAAACUGUUUAAUUACAGCGCUGUUAUUUCUGGUGCUCGAUUGCCUUCUGUAGAAAAUGUUUAAAUACUGACAGAUUGUUCACCAUUCCUGCUGAAUAAACCACUUGUCAACAUUA